AUGGACAGAAUGAAUUUUCUCUCCUUCUUCCUCCUUUGCUUGACUUCGGUUGCCAAUGGCAACAAAGCCAAUAAGCACAAGCCAUGGAUCGAGACAGAGUACCAGGGGAUUGUCAUGGAGAACGACAACACCGUGCUGCUCAAUCCCCCUCUCUUUGCCCUGGACAAAGAUGCUCCACUACACUAUGCCGGUGAAAUCUGUGGUUUCAGGGUUCAUAAUGGCCCCUCGGGUUCAGGUUCAGUCCAGUUUGAGGCAGUGGUUCUGGACCGCUCCACUGGCGAGGGUCUGGUCCGGUCCAAGGAGCCUCUGGACUGUGAGAGCCAGCGGGAGCACAGCUUCACCAUCCAGGCCUACGACUGCGGAGAGGGACCUGAUGGAGUCAACAGCAAGAAAUCCCACAAGGCCACCGUGCAUGUUCGUGUAAACGACGUCAAUGAGUUCUCCCCCGUGUUCGUUGAGCGUCGCUACGAGGCUUCAGUCCCAGAAGGGCGUCUGUUUGACCGAAUCGUGCGUGUGGAGGCUCUGGACGCCGACUGCUCCCCGCAGUACAGCCAGAUUUGCUUCUAUGACAUCAUCACUCCCAAUGUGCCCUUCGCUAUUGACAACGAUGGUAACAUUAAGAACACAGAGCCGUUGGAUUCGAAGCGUCAGCGUGUUCACACCUUCUGGGUGACUGCCUUCGACUGUGGAAAGAACCGCGCUCAGGCUGACGCCCAGGUUGUCAUCACGGUCAAGCCGUCCUGCAAACCCGGCUGGAUCGGAUGGACCAAGCGUGUGGAGUACACACCUGGGUCAGGUAGCAUCCCCCUGUUCCCCAGCCUGCAUCUGGAGACCUGUGAAGAGACUGUGUGGAACAUCCAGGCCACCGUAGAGCUCCAGACUGGCCACAUUGGGAAGGGCUGCGAUAGAGACAGCUACUCUGACCGAUCUGUGCGACGACUGUGUGGUGCUGUCAGGGGUGAGGUAGACCUCCUCCCACCUCCUUCUCCUGCUGCCAACUGGACCUCAGCUCUGCCCACUCUCCCCUCUUCAGAUUCAUCUCUGGUUUUCUCCUUCAACGGAUCCAACCAUGUCGCCGUCGUGCCGGAUUCGGUCGUCACAGCAUUAUCGGGCGACCACUUCACCCUGCAACUGUGGAUGCGCAGGGGUGGCGCCAACAUCCAGCCGUCGACCACUCAGACCCGAGGAAAUCGCAAGGAGGAAGAGACUAUUGUGUGCAGUACUGUCAGGAACGAUGACUCCUUCUCCCACUAUUCCCUCUCCGUCCAUGGCUGCCGCCUCUCUCUCUUCUACUGGCCCGACGUCUCAGCCGCACGGCCCGUCAAGUUCUUGUGGAAACUGGAGCAGGUGUGUGACAGCGAGUGGCAUCAUCUUUCACUCAGCGUCCAGUUCCCGUCAGUGACCCUGUAUGUCGAUGGUGUGACCUUCGACCCUGCCCUCAUCCACGACAACGGAGCCAUCCCCAACCCUGCCCCCCGCCAGAGGAUGUUCAUCGGCGCCUGCUGGGAGCCUGAAGAGAAGCAGAAAGAGAUACUAAACAACACAAUCCCAGAGGGUAAAGACUCAGUGAAGUAUGUCGGUGGUUACCAUGGCCUGUUGUCGGGGGUGACGGUACGCCCCGGGAGCGUGGAGCCUCACAGUGUGGUUGAAUGUCUGUACGCCUGCAGGGAGGGUCUGGACUUCGGAGACCUGGAGACUCUGGGCUCUGGUAUGAAGGUUCACGUGAACCCCAGCCAGUCUGUGUUAGUGCUGGAGGGAGACGACAUUGAAAGCUUUAACCGUGCAGUGCAGCAGGUCACCUACAGAAACUCUCUACGCUUCGCCACCCCCGGAGUCCGACCCCUCAAACUAACCACCUCACUCAGAUGUUUCAACGAGGAGAGCUGCCUGUCCCUCAAGCAGCUGGAAGGAUACCUGGUGGUUCUCCAGCCUGACGCCCCUCAGAUCUCCCUGUCUGGGGUCGGCCCUCAUCUGGCUCGUCCUGCCCCUGAGUUUGAAGGUCCCCGUGGUGUCCCCCUUUUCCCUGAGCUCCGAAUUGUCUGUUCCUUGUCCCAUGCUGUCAACACGGCUGCACAGGGGAUGGAGGGCGGAGCUCUGAUGUCCGACGCCGUGGCCCACACUUUGGAUGGCUGUGAGGUCCAACCGCUAGGGGAGGAGCUAAACUCUGAGAGGGAGGAGCUUCUGGUAGACAUGGAUGUUGUGCGAGAGAGGGGGCUGGAAAUCAUCAAUACUACCGCUUAUAUUGCCAUCACAGGUGCCGAAUCCAUCUCUGUGUACGAGGAUGUCCUUCGCUCAGUCCGCUACCGACUAGCCAAAGGCUCAGCCCGCUUUGAGAGGCGGUUCCGCCUGUCCUGCUCUGAGAUGAAUGGCAGAUAUACGAGCAAUGAGUUGACUCUGGAGGUGAACUUCCUCCACUCUCUGGACAGUCUGUACCACCCGUCCCACCUGCUGGCCUCCCAGCAGCAGUUUCUCCAUCCAUCCCACCACGCUGGAGAGCUGAGUGGACACACCCUGCCCAAUCCUCACCGCAACUCAGUGGUACCAGGAGCAGCCACCGUCAUCAUAAUGGUGUGUGUGGGUUUCCUGGUUGUCAUGGUGAUCCUCGGUGUGUUCCGAAUUCGCUCCAUCCAUCGCCGCGGUGAAGGUGCCAGGGGCGGGGCUAAGGAGGGUAGCAGCCAAUGGGACGACUCCGCCCUGACUAUCAUCGUCAACCCUAUGGAGUCCUAUGAGUCUCGUAUGGGCAUCUCCGCGGACACGGAGGGAGAGGUGGAAGAGGAUGAGGAGGUAGCAGAGUCACCUGAUGACGCCAGCGACGACCAGCGAAUCAUCAUCAAGAAGGAGGGGAGGGACGGCAACGCCCGUCGCUACUGAGCCACCUGUGUCUCCGCACCAGUUCUCAUGGAAACCACAAACCGGACCACCAGUCACACACUCCAACACUUUUAAUAUCAACGACUGCUGACACCACUAGUAUAAGGAAUGUAUGCUUACAAACACUACGCACAACACAGUCACUGUAAUACUCUUGACACUCAACGCCAUAUGUGACCUAUAGCCAACAAGGGGCAGUUGUUCUCCACCUAAAUGUUCAAUGGCACAAUGUAUACAGUUAAUGUAAUUUAACCGCCUGAGCAAACCCCACCAAAAUUGUAUGUGUUGCACCAGUUCUAAAUCACAAGACGGUAACAUGUCUAAUGUAUAGUGUAAUACUGGUUGAAUGAGACUGCGUUUUGUUUUUUGUU